AAUCAGGAGCGUGCGCUUCUACCGGCGUCUGAACUGAAGCGGCUCAUGAACAGGAAGCUAACGGCUCUCCGUGUUUUCAGCGAUUAAAGACAGAAAAAGUUUAAUUAAGUUUAUUUCAUUAAAACAGAAAUGUUGUGUUUAAGCGGGCUGUCGGUGGCGCUGGCUCUGGCUCUGGUCCCCGGUCCGUCUGAAGCCCUGAAGGAAGGAGAGUGUGAAGUGUGUGUGUCCUUCCUGGGGAAGUUUUAUCAGUCGCUAACGGACAACAACGUCAAGUUUACCAGCGCAGACAUCGAGAACGCCAUCGUCAAGACCUGCAAAGAUGCUAAAGGCAAAGAAAACCGCUUUUGUUAUUACAUCGGAGCAACGAGUGACGCAGCCACAAAGAUGAUCAACGAGGUGUCGAAGCCUCUCAGCUAUCACGCUCCCGUGGAGAAGAUCUGUGAGAAGCUCAAGAAGAAGGACAUGCAGAUCUGUGAACUCAAAUACGACAAACAGCUGGACCUGACCACCGUGGACCUGAAGAAGCUCAAGGUGAAGGACCUGAAGAAGAUUCUGGAGGAGUGGGGCGAGUCCUGCAAAGGCUGCGCCGAGAAGUCCGACUUUAUCCGUAAAAUCACAGAGCUGAUGCCCAAGUACGCCCCGGCAGCCGCCAGAGCACGGACAGAUCUGUAGAACAAAAACACAACUCAGGACUCUGACCAGACUGCUAACCAGGAGGAGGAGGGGCGGGGGGGUCUUUUGUUAUUUGUUCUUUAAGGUGUACACUCAUAUGACCAUCCUGCACUGAUCCAGACGUCGGAGGAAUGAACAGCAACAAUCACGGAUUCACGGUUAACGAUGAAUUCAUCACACAGGAGCAUCGGGCGAAGGAGAGCGGCGAGCAGCGGGAGACGACUUUCUGUUUGUCGUCCUUUUUACCGUGUUUGUAAGAUUCUGACCUUUCAGCCAACUCACUCUGAGCACUUCUCUUAACGAUGAGUCUUUAAAGAUGAUUUCUGUUCCUCCAAACUUUAGCUUUACCCCCCCUGCCAAAUACUGACCAUGAAGUCUGUGCCUUUAAAUAAAACUCACAUGCUCUUUACCUCAGGGUCGUCACCAAACAAGAAUUUAAAACUUUGAUAUUCUGGUCGAAAAAAAUAAACAAUAUUGAAAACUGUUUCAAUACCACGGCAACUAAAACAGAGAACAGUGAUUUGAAUCGCCAAAAACUUCACCCAAACUCUCUCUCUCUCUCUCUGGUUUCAGAUCGGCUCAAAGUCUUUAACAUUUUGAUUAACCUUUAUCAACUUCAUUUAAGAAUUGGCCACAUGUUUCUUAUAGAGACGGACAUUUUCACCAUCUUUAAUCUCUGAAGUGACCAUAUGGGACCGAGAGGAUGAACCUUGUGUUCUAGUCCUCCAAAUCGGUCUAGUCUAAGACUCUAAAUCUUAAGCAUUUUUACUCAGUCUUGUCUCUGUCAGACUGGGUGGACGAACCAAAACGUCUCUUCUCUUUCAUGGUUUCUUUCCAAUCUGUUCUAGUAACUUCUCGUGCGCUAAUCUGUCCUUGCUUUGACGAGAUGACGUUUGGAAAACGACACCAUGUGACCAUGCGAUAGUUACGUUAAUGAUCAGUGGCACUGAAAAAAUCUUCAGACAUAUUUAAAGCCAAAGAGAGCGAGCACAACAGUGACUAUUCUUCAUGCAAUGAAGACGGUGUGCAGGAGUUAGCCUCCAACAUCUAGAUAUUAAAAAUAAGGAAUUACUUUUUGGUUGCCAUGGUAUCCAACCCGGGAAUCUAAACUGUUAGAUUUUUUUACUUGAAUCAAAUCAAAGUUUGAAACUCAGUAAUGAUGACCCUGAGACGUUAAACAAAAUGUUUACCGAGGGAAUAAAUGAAACUGAGAAGAAGCCUCACUUCCUCAUAGCCUCCUGUACACUCUGACUUUGCCCCCCCUGCUGGUCGUUAGAGAGAAUGCAGGUCUGAGGCUGUUCUGCAGACGUGUCCAAUUUUGAUACCAAGAAGAUCUGACCUUCUUUCUUUCAGUCUGUUGAUGUAUUAAAUCUUAUUCUGGAGCACAGACGAGUAUAACCAUUUGAAUCGUUUCUGUGUGUUUGGAGGCGUCUACUGCCCCCUGCUGUGUCGGAGUGUUCAUGACCUCUCAAUGUGCGUUUGUGGCCAACGUUUAAUUUUAUAUCCUAACUAUGACAUCACGCUUUCCAAAAGCCUGAGUCGGACGAGGAAUCAUGGGAAAUAUUAACCAAACCAGUCGAGCUGUUUGCAUCAUUUCUUUGUUGUUGUUAUGAGUUCAUGUUGAGCGCCUCUUAAAGGUCAUUCAAGGUCAAGGCCCCGAGGACGAGGAGUCUGAGCGACUUAAGUUCUCUAACACCGAACAGUUCAGCGACCUCCUGCUGUCAACACGGAGACACAUUUAGAUAUUUAAUCUGAUCCCCAUGUACUUUUCCUUUAGUGUUUCAGUCUGAAUGUUUAAUCAUGAUGCUGCUCGCCGUCCACCUGCAGGCGGCUCUGAGGGCACAAUGACCCACGCCGCCAUCCGGUUGGUCGACGGUUUGAAUCGACUAAUAAGAGCGCCUCCUGUGUCGUGAAUUCAGCUGUAUUUAUGGUUCCUGUGUUUCAGAAGGGAUAGAUGUUUGAUGUAAGCAGAACUGUAAACGUGACGUCGCGAGGACGACGUUUGUUUUUUGGGGAAUGAAAAGUUAAAAUGUGCUGUUGUUUCACGGGCGUUUGUUACAGCUGUACUAUUCUACUUUUUCAUUAAAACAUAAAAACUCAAA